AUGCCUCUCUCAUGGGACCCAAGACGAAUGUGGUCGGAUAACCCCUCGGCAGGUGCAUCCAAAGACCUACCUAAUGAGGAGAUCGGCGACUCCCCCAAGGCUGCCCCCACCGCAUUUACCACGCAGUCUGAUUCACCCAAGCGUUUCCGGUUCGUCAAGGGUGCUUCUAGACCAAAAAAACGCCGAAGAGCAAAUUCAUCACAAAAGGAUCUCGGUAGCCGAGCAGUAAUUUCUGAAAACUCAUCUCCUCCGGAAGUUGUGCUGAGAACGGCGCAGAAUUUGGAAGGACUUGAUGAUCACCCAAGGGGGAACAGUACCUUGGCUGGCCUAGAGCCACAAGAAGGACAAUAUUUUGAUGAUUUUAGUUUAUUUGACUCCAUACUUCCUAAUAUUUUUGCCUCCACGCCUUUCCUUGAUAUCGAGGCUCAAGAGACAGUGCCCCCAGAACUGCCAGGCCUGAGUGCAACACCAGGAAUGACACCGCUCUCUAUAUCAGACCGAUCUGAAUCUGCGCUGCAGAAUCCCCAAGCCAGCCCAAUGGCUCAGAAUAUUGACCAGAUGUUUCCCGAAGAAGCCGAACAAGGCAUUCUAAGUGACUUGGUUCCGCGAAACCCCCAAGAGCCCACAGUAUCUUCUGGUCAAUCUCGGGUUCAAAAUAUGCCGGCGAUGUCUGAAAUAUCUUCUAAUGAUCAUGAAAAGCUUCUUGAACUAUGUAAGCGUGGUGCUCAAUACCCCAGUCUGCGAUAG